AUGGCGUCUCCGCUGCUGCUGGACGCAGCGAUUCGGAGCGAUGGAGACGUGCGAGAGGCUCCCUACACGCUGCUGUGCAUGGUCGCAGCCGUGGAGAAGGCGGCCGAGGACGUCGAUAGUGUGUGGACGAUCUACCAGGUCGAGAGAGACGUCCACCCCUACGAGCGCGUGCUUCAGGCGGCUGAUGAAUUCAGUCUGCACAGAGCUGCGUCCAAGCACAAGUCUCAACAGAAGGCUAAACACGAAGGUAAUGAGGAGGAAGAGGAGACGUUGGUGGCGCCCCAACGAAGCCCACUACGCGUCCAGGCUGACCUGAAGAGACUGCUACGCUCAACAUCACGAGUAGAGACUCAAGAACGACUGGAAAGACAGCUGGAGACUCUGAGACUCUCACAGGUCCGAGAGCUCACGGGCGUCUCGCUGCCCAAGCAUCUUCAGAUCACUGCGCUCGAAGAGGAUCCGUUGGAGUUCCGUCGUGACAUCCACGGCGUCGCUCAAGUUUUGGGACGCAACGUGUUGGGCGAGCACUACGCUCCCAAGUCAGACCCGCUGCGCUACCUCCACGCGUAUUCAGUGCCCGAGCUGUUCAAGCGCAUGAAACGAGCCGUACGAGAGGAUCUGAACACUCGCAACCAGCGACGCAUCGCAGCGUUGAACGCCAAGGAACGCGAGCGCAAGAAGGAGCUGGAACGACAAGGCAUCCUCUCUCCAGAGCAGCAGCUCGAGGCCAAGUUCGAUCGACUGCUCAAUGCAAGCGCCUAA